AGGGAGCACCUUCUCAAAUUGCAACGUUGUAUGCAGCGCAGCUGAUGUGGGGCUGGUGGGUGGGGCAGGGAAAUUUACCCUUCCCGUAACCUUUUUUUUUUCUCCUCCUUUAGUUUAGGAGUAGGGAGAAGACCCUACCCCCAGCCCCCGAAUUACCCACUCCCAGCCCCCACCCCGAACCCCUGUGGCGGCUCCUACAAGUUACUGGUACCGAAGGGGGAAGUAAAAGCAUUCCCUUUUGAAACAUCUUUUUAAUUGCAGCAAACGGAAAAGGAUUCGGGCGCUUGUGGCAGCUGGAGAUAGAAGGUAGUCCCCAGAGGCUUCAGCUCCAGCUGCUUUGUGCUACGGUAUCGUGACAGCUCUGGUUAUUGCAGGAGCUUGGAUAAAGGUUCUGCCAGACGUGCUGGAAACUGCCUGAGACUGGGAGGGAGAGAAGGAGAGAAUCUUGGACUCUUGGUCGCUCAUCUCAAUCUCUCCAGCAACUCCCGGACAUGUCUAAAGGGCCGGGUUCCCUUGUCCUGGCCCCCUCCCCCUGUUUGCGUCAGUCCGUACCCCGAACUGCUCUGAGGAGCCUCAGCAGCCUCACCGACUUGGACCGGGGCAUGUCCCAGGCACCGAGGCCAAGCAACCCUGUCUCUGCUCCAGGGCCCCAGGUCCACCAACAGCAGCCACGUUCCUCCAGCUGCGACCCUUGUUUGAGGCCCAUUAUCCACCGCCGAGCCCGCUCGCUCCCCAGCUCCCCCGAGCGCAGGAAGAAGGCGUCGGGGAAUGCGGGGGCCCAGUGCAGACCCGGCUGCAGUCGACAGCAUCGGGUGCGGUUUGCUGAUGCUUUGGGUCUGGAGCUGACCCAGGUGAAGGUUUUCAACGCCGGGGAAGACCCGUCGGUCCCACUGCAUGUCCUCUCGAGGCUAUCCAUCAACUCCGACCUCUGCUGCAGUAGCCAAGACUUGGAGUUCACCAUCCAGUGCCUGGUUCCGGACUUCCCGCAGCCAGCGGACCGCAACGACUUCUCCAUCCGGCUGCAAAGCCAGCGGGUCUGCCUGGAGCGGGUCACCAGCUCAGACUUGGGCUUAAGCGGCACCAUCCAGGUGCUUAACAUGGCCUUCGAGAAGCAGGUGACUGUACGCUACACCUACAACUGCUGGCGGACCCAGCAGGAGGCAGGAGCCCACUGGCGCAGCAGUGAUGGGGAUUCAGAUGUGUUCACUUUCUGGUUCCCUGUACCCCCCUAUCUAUUGGGGAUCAGUUCUGGGGUCCAGUUUGCAAUUAGAUACCGAGUCGGGGGUAACGAGUACUGGGACAACAAUGAAGGUCAAAACUAUAGUCUCAGGUGCCAGACCCAUCCUCUCAAAAUACCCCAGGAAUGUGAGGAGAGCUGGAUCCACUUUAUUUGAGUUAGGGUCAAGGGGAAUUUUUUGGGGGGGUGGGGGGAGAAGCUUACUUUCAGGAAGAGUACCAGAGGGGUAUUUAAAAGCUUUUCAGUUUUUGUCAACCCUGUGAACAUCUUGGAACAUUUCCAGCACAUUCUGCAUAAAUCAAUACUUAACAGGGCCUGUUUUAUAUGGGAACCAUACUAGCAGAAAUUACAAGGAAAUAUUAAAAUUAGAAUGAAGGAAGGGCCAUAAUAACGUUUUUGUCCCUUUCUCUUGGACUUCAUGGCAUACUCAUCUAAAAUCUAAACCAUUUAGCUGUUGGAGUGGAGCUCCAUUGUCUGUCUGCAAGGCCUCCUUUCAGCAGAGUUUCCUUUAACCUAAAACUAGAAACAAACUUGUUCUAGUAAAGGUUUAAAGCAUGUAUAUGUGUAAUAGCAAAUUAGCUUUUUAGUUUGGGAGACCGAUUCCUACUGUGUAAUGUGGUAUUUAUGAAUGUUUGUGCUAGUCUGGCAAGCACUGCCUGUGGAGAUUAAGUUUUGCUAAGUAUUUUUGGAAAGGUCAUUUCUCUCCUAGAUUUGUAGGAAGAACUCUGAUUUUUUGCAUGUAACAUAAAUGUGUCCAUAGAGCUUAGGCACUGUUAACAUUUGUGAUUUUGGUAUGUUUUCCUGUAGACAAAUGCCUUCCCAAGAAUAGGGACAUUUACCAUUUCAAUAGGCUUAAAAAGAAUGAGUAGUGUUGGUUGUGUUGUGCCAGCUGUAAACAGAAUGUACCACUUUCUGAGUAUGAAGAACAUUAUCGUACUUCAUGGUAUUUUGGACACGUCUCCAGUCAAAUAUGAGAUCAUAUUUAUUUGUCAAUCUAUGGUUUACAUCUCUGUAAGAGUAGAGGACUAUUAAUAGUACAGAAGUGUAAACUGAAUCACAUAACCAUUCAUGUGCUGUAGCUUGCCUACCCAUGUAGGUCUAUAUUGUACAUGGGCAAGAGCCAACAGUAGAAUAGAUUUAAAACAUAAUCACUUCUGCCAAAAUCUAAAUGUUCUUGCAGUUGGCUUUCCUAACUAAAAUAUUUCCAUUAUAGAAACCUAAUAAUUAUUUGUCUGCAUUAAUAUGUGUGUUUUAUUGCAUAAUUCUAUUUAGAUCUGAAACUACUUGAACAUUUUAAGAAAUCUUGCCUUAAAUUAUUGUGUUUAGUUAACCCUAAAUCCAGAAUACAGUUUCAGGUGAAAGAGGCUUUUACUAUUACAUUUAUGAAGUUAAAAUGAUUUCUUAUAUCUGUUCAGAUAUCAAGAUUAUAUUAGUCAUGUUUCAGAGUGAAGAUGUUACAAAAAUUUACAAGACAUACAUCAACAGCAAAAAAGAUUGGUGGUAAUCCACAGAUGUUUCUACUUUUUUUUAACAGUUUAAACUGUGUGUCUGGCAGUAUCAGACACCUGUAAAUUUUAGCUGUGAUCUCUUGUGCCUUCAGAAAAUAGAGAAUUCCAAAUUCCAAAUAUUUUUUUUUAGUUUUCUCUUAUUUUGUAAUUUUAAAAAUAUUUAAUAUAUUCCCUCUCUCCAACCCGAGGAUAGCAUGGAUAGGACAGUAUUUACUAAAACCGUACCACAAUUAUAUAAGAAUUCAUUAGUACAAUAAUGACUUCUUAUGGUGCUGACUGGUAUCUCUGACAGCUAGCGUAGCAGAUUAGGUGUCAACGAAUUCACUAAGAUUUCAGAUAGAAAAUAUUGUAACACCUAACACUGUGAUUUAAGUUUUUGAAUAUUAGUUGGGAUUUGUUAAAUCAGUAAUUUCAAGGUUGUUUUUGCAUUUCAAUCUAUGUAGUUUUGCUUAUAACUUGUGUUUAAGAAUCCAAGAGAACAGCAAGCGCCAUCUCUGUAACCUCUUGAUCUUAGAUCACUCAGUUCUCUGUAUGGAAAUUGAGCCAUAGCUGGUUCUUAAAAAUUGUGCCCUACAUUGUCAUGCAAGAGAGAGACAGGCCCAGUUGCAUUUCCUGUUUUACUGUCCAACUAAGCCAAAGGGCUCUGUGGUCCUGGCUUCUGUGCACUUAUCCCCUGCCAGAUGGGGGAGCACAAGACAGUGGUUGGGUAUUUUUUGUAUUAUAUUAGUGAUUGGCUGCUAAAUUUUUUGGAGUGUAGCUUAAGGACCACAGAAAAUGUGUAAAAUUCACGCUGUCAUAAAGUGUUCUAUGUAUGGAAAGAUAGGCAAUAUCUUAAUACAUCUUACUUAAAUAGUGCAUCUUUAGGGUUUGAUGAGAUAAGCUCAGGGUACCUUUAAAAUUAUUAAGAUCUAGAAGUUUUAAAACAUGGAAUCCAUGAACAAUUAAAAGACCAAAUAUGGCUGAUUAAUCAACAGGGAAGCUGUGGAACACCCAAAGCUCUUUUUAGAACAUAAAUCAAGACUAAACAUCAACUGUUGUUUAAAUAUCAUAUUUUAUUGUAUAAUUAGUCGGUUUCCUUUUUGAUCAUUUUUAAUAUGAUCACUGGCUUUUUUUAAUUUUUGCACCCAUUUUUUUCCACUUAUUAAAAGUUUUAAUAUAUGCACAUGUUGGUUGUUAUUUCUAGCAGUAUUGGGUGUUUUUUCUUUGCCACCUUCUUAUAACUUUGGUUUAAAUUAUUUCACACACAAGUUUUUCUCUCAAUGUUUAAUGUUAUUUUAGCAAAAAAGUGUUGGUUUUAUCAUAAAAUUUCAAUAGCCUCCUUAUAAGUAGUAGUAUAAUCUAGUGUAAAGGAGGAAUUUUUGUGUAUUGCAGUGAUAAUGCUAAAUUUUCAAAAGAACAUUAAGCACUAAAGCCUAUUCAUAUGUCUUGUGUUAUUUGUCAAAGCAUGGAUGAUAGUCAUGGAUUGAGAAAAAAAAAUUUACAUUUACCUUUAUAAAAUUACAAAAUAGCCAUAACUAAGAGUGCAAGUAUCACUUUGUCUUAUUUCUGACUUAAGAAGCUUUUAAAAAUUACAUUGUUAUCAGAAAGUGUGGAAUUAAUUUUGAAAUUAGUGUUUCAUUAUCUCAAAAUUCAUUAAAUACAUAGCACAUCCUUCAAAUUUACUGGAAAUGAAAAUGUAUUCAAAUUGUAAUAGUUAAUUAAAUUACUUUCAUAUAUAUAAUGUUUAGUACAAAGUGGCCCAGGAAAUUUUAUAAUGUAUUGAAAUGAAAUUCUUUUGGCAUUUCCAAUAUGUAGGUGUCAAUGGUCCAGACUUUUUUCUAAGAACUUGUUUUGAUAUGUACUUUAUUUAUAAUUAGUUCCCCAGGGAAAUAAUCAUAAAUGUUUCAUUUAAAAUUGGUUUUUUAAAGUUUAGAACUAGAAUAAGUGUUAGGGGGAAAUAGAGUAUCAUUACCUAAGUCAUUAAAAAGCACUCCAGUGCUGGGUUAUGGUCUUGACUCAGAUUUUCAUUGAGUAGCUAUUGGAUAUACCUUUUGAAAUGAUAAUGAAUGACUUUAAAAAAUCUGAAAUAGUUUGAGGUUUUUAUUAAAAAAUUCAUUAUUAGCACUUUUGGUGUUUUUAUGAAAGUUUCGUGUUUACUGAAAUAUUUGAGACCUUAGUCUGAUAAUUAAAGUGAAAUACUAAAUGAAUGGAUUCUUCAAAAAUUAUUAUAACCCAUGUAUAAAUUACAGGAACAUGGAAUUUUAAACUUAUAAGAGACUUUAAUGAUCUAAUCCAAUUCCUUCAUUUUCACUGCAUUCUAGAAAUGUAAAGUGACUUUCCCUAGGGCAUCUUGCUAGUCAUUGGCAGAAAAAGACUAGACUCCAUUCAUGUCUCUUGACUACCUCUAAGUCAGAUUCUCUUUCUACUACCUCAUGCUACAUCUCCAAUUCUACAUUGUGGAAAAAAGAAACAAUAUUUUCAUGUCUCAGUAGAUAAUCUAUAGUGACAGUAAAUCUAGUUACAAUUCAUUUUCUACAAUAACCAAUCCAUCACAACAAAAACUCCCUGGCCCCAAAUAGCGUGCUAGAUAGGAAGAAUUGAGCUCACGCAUUUCUUUUGGCCAGUCAUUAUUUCAAAAGGCAAAAAAAGUUUACAGAUACUAGGUAAAUUUAGGUUAAGAUAAAUUGAGUUUGCUUUCAGACUUAUUUAUCGACUAUUGUGAAAUAAAUACCUAUACUACUCAGCUUCAGGCUUUCAAAACUAGUUCUUUGUCCUAAAUACUGCCUACUUUCCCCAAGUUAGAGGACUACCAAGUACUUUUAAAAGCACAACUUGUCCUUUUAAGUAAUUCCUUAUUAAAAAGAAAUUCAGUUCAAAGAUUCAGUUUGUAAAAAUUUAUUAAGUUCUGUUUAAUUAAGAGCACUGUGCAAAGAACUAAGAAAUAAUUCACUUGAAAUGUAUAGUAUUGUUGGGGAUGGAGUAAAUAGAGAGUAUCCCUUUUAAUGUAGUUUUGUGAAAGCUUAAAACUAAAGGAGACACCCUGUAUAUAAAUAACUACUAUGUAUGCAUUCAAAAAGACAGGUGGUAUGUAAGGAAAGUUAUCUGCUAGGGUCUCAGGGGAAGCAUUAUGAAGGAGGUGGCAUUUGAGCAGGACUUUAAAAGCUGAAUGGGAUUUCUUUGUGGUAAUGAAGGGCAGGAGUGGGUAAGAGGAUUCUAUUUAAAGCAGGUGCUCAUAGUCUUUUUUUGGCGUUAGGAACUCCUUUGGCAGGCUGGUCAAACUCUAUGGACUCUCAGAAUAAUGUUUUUAAAUGCAUAAAACAAAAUACAAAAGAAAUCAAUCAUAUUAAAAUACAGUUAUCAAGAUAUUUUUCUAAAAGUUAAUAGACUUAAGAUUAAAAACCCUUGUUAAGAAGGGAACUGCUUUUUAAAGGCAAGUUUAGCCUUUCUUUGAGAUCUCAUCCCUACAUUUAUUUCUCUAGAAGUAUAAAGCUUUUGCUGAAGCGUAGAAUUUUGCAGCCUAGGAAACAGGCCCAAAUAAAGUGUCUUGGCCAACUUCACACAAGUAGUAAGUAGCAGUAAUUAUUUUUCCCUAUUACACUGUUUACUAUCCCCUCCAACAAAUUGUAACAAUUCAACUUUAAAUUUGAGGAAUACUGGGUUUUAAUGGGUUAAAGUUAGAGAAGAGCAACUUUUUAAAGCUUCUGAACCUUACUGUAGGUCUUAUAGUCCAGAUAGCAAACUUCUUAGGCAGUAGUGACAUCUACUGGCUCUUUAAUAUUUUCCCCUUUAAGAUAGGUGAGGUUCUUGGGGUGCUCCUGCAUUGAUUACUAUGCCAAUUACUUCAUGCCCCUAAACACUGGAGGGCCUCCUCAGUAAGACAUUGUCUCUCAAGAGUUUAGCCAAGCUAUAUACAUAGUGGAAAAACCAAAUGGAUGAACAAUCCCAAUUACCCAGGUUAUAAAUAUCAAGUUAGUAUAUAAAUUCUAGAUGCUGCAGAUGGUUGAGCUGGGCCGAGUUGAAAAGGAGAGUAGUGUUGUCAUUUAGAAAUCUGCACAGUACUUUUCAUUAUCACAAACCUUAGCCUCAUAGCCAUCAUUUUUAAUGUCACUAUUCUCUCGGUGAUUCUAUAUGGUGGUAAGACAUGUGACAUGACUAAUAUUCACAGUACCAGACAACUAGGGGAAAAAUGAAAAGAUUGGGUAGAAAUAAUCUGUAACAUGUUACUAUGACUUUCCUGUGGCUAAAAGAUGUUUCAGGUGGGCACAUUAAUGUCUCGUUGGAAGAACCGUGAUUGAUCUAAAUAUUUUGGGGAAGCAAUUUUUAAUUAUUCAAGGAAAAUAACUAAAAAUGUCUAUACCCUUUGGCCCAGAUUCCAUUGUAAGAUUAAUGACAAAAAUAAAGCCUAUAUUACACCAAAACA